GCAGUGCAGCGGCGCACGUGUUCCACCCGGAAGCGCCUGCGGAGGCUGGAGAUUCCUGAGGAUGGCCGCCGCAAUGGAGGCACAGAGCGCUGUGGCCGAGGACGGUUUCACCCAGGUCACCCGCAAGGGUGGCCGGAGGGCGAAGAAAAGGCAGGCGAAGGAGCUGUCCGCGGCGGGGGAGGGCGGGGACGCGAGCCGCAUGGACACCGAGGAGGCCCGGCCGGCGAAGAGGCCCGUGUUCCCGCCCCUCUCCGGGGACGGGUUCCUGGAUGGGAAAGAAGAAACAAGGAGAAUUCCAGUCCCAGCUAACAGAUACACACCAUUGAAAGAGAACUGGAUGAAGAUAUUUACUCCUAUCGUAGAACAUUUGGGACUUCAGAUUCGCUUUAACUUGAAAUCGAGGAAUGUAGAAAUCAGGACUUGUAAAGAAACCAAGGAUGUUAGCGCCCUGACAAAAGCCGCCGAUUUUGUGAAAGCCUUUAUUCUCGGGUUUCAGGUAGAGGAUGCACUUGCUCUCAUUAGGCUGGAUGACCUCUUCUUAGAGUCCUUUGAAAUUACAGAUGUGAAGCCUCUAAAGGGAGACCACCUGUCAAGGGCAAUAGGGAGAAUCGCUGGCAAAGGAGGAAAAACCAAAUUCACCAUAGAGAACGUGACACGGACACGGAUAGUUCUAGCUGAUGUGAAAGUUCAUAUCCUUGGCUCUUUCCAAAACAUCAAGAUGGCAAGAACUGCCAUUUGCAACCUCAUCCUGGGAAAUCCUCCAUCAAAGGUUUAUGGCAAUAUUCGAGCUGUGGCUAGCAGAGCAGCAGAUCGAUUCUGAUUUCAAAUCAGAAACUUUUUCUUGUCUUUGGACUGUAGAGAAAAAGAGCUUAUAAAUGGUCCCAAGAAACCAUGUGAAGAAUUUUUGGUCGCUUUAAACCUCAGUCUCUGUUUGUCAGUUCUUAGCCAGAAGCAUAAACCCGAAAGGAAAAAUUUGAUAGUAUUCAUUCAACAGCUUUGAGGAUAAUUUAAGUAUCAAAAUUUCAUACCAUUAUUAUACUUAAACAUUAAUUACAAUUUCUCUUAUUUUAAGUUACAUGCAUAAUUUCUAGUUCUCUUAUUUGGAGGAAAUAUUAUUUUUCUAUUUGAAUUUGUUUUUAAAUUAUAGAUUUAUAAACAUUUCUUCCGAGUUGUAAUUAAAGAACUAUUCCCAGAAAACCUCUCUGAAUCAUGUCCCUCAAUACUGGUGAUGUGACUAUUUUAGAAUCAGGUUAUAAGCAGCAGUUUGGCUACAGUGUGUGAACCAAAAGGCUAAUCUACCUGUUCUGCCACUUGUAAAAUUAAAAAUUUUUAUCACAAUACAAGGUUGACAUGUUAUUUUCCACAUAAGUAUAUAAGUUGGGUUUAUUUCUUCUAAGUAGUAAUGUUUUUACUCCUAAGAAAAUAUGUUCUACAAGUGUAAUAGUUGUUUUAACUAGUGUCUGCCUAAAUAACUAAAGUUCAUGUAAGAAAAAGUA